AUGCCUAAAGAGCGCAAACUACAUUUCCCUCAGUUUCUUCUCCCAUCCACUGUGUUCCCUACACAUGGGCCUUCUCCGGACUCCAAAUCCCGUAAGCCUAAGUACUUGGAGGGACAUGUUCCCUACCUGUGCUGUGCAGAGUGCGCAUCACACCUUUGUUUUGCUUCUCAGGUGAUUAGCAAAGGGUUCACAGGUCGCCAUGGUCGUGCAUACCUCGUCUCAGCGGAGCCGGUUGCUGCAGCCGUGUCAGUCAGCGCGUCCUCCUCGCCUACACUUUCACUCCCCAACACCAUAUUACAGCGCCCAGUUCCUCGCCAGCUAGUCACAGGUGCCCACACAGUCAGUGACGUGAGUUGCGCAUUUUGUGACAGUGUUUUGGGCUGGAAGUAUGUUGCAGCCGAGGAGGAAUCACAGCGAUACAAGGUUGGCAAGUUUAUCUUGGAAACUAAGAAAAUCACAACUUCUUCCUGCUGGGAAGCCCCGCCUACUCUUGAUCCGUCUAUGCGAUCGUCUAUGCAAUCAGAAACCCAGCCAGAAGGGAUCGAAUCUGCCUCCACAGAUGCCGAAUUCGACAGCCAUGAUGAGGACGAGUGCGAGGACUUAUUCGCGGGCAUCUGGAGUCCCGGACUCGCCACACGUCGAAGAAGUCGCAAGAUUGAACGUCGACCUGGCAUGUUCGGAUUUUCAUGA